AAGAUGCGCGACCUCCCUCAGUUCCCCUCUUUCGCUCAGUUACACCUGGCACUCUAGAUCGGUCUGAUUGCUUCCAGAUGUGCCAAGGAGGUGGACCCCUCCUCUUGCGCAGCCUCUGACGAUGCAGAGGCAAUAUGAGUAGGCACGAAUAUCUUGACAAAACCUAACCAACGUCUUUGUCACCUGUAGCCCUCCACACUUCCGUUUCCGGUUUUUCCGCAUCUGUUAUUUAAAGGCGAGCGACACCCGUAGAAAAAGGUUCAACUUCUCCCUGCCAUCCAUCUCACGCAGAUAUCCCAAAUAUUUUAGUCAUAAACACCAGGUGUCGAAGAAACAUAUCAAAAUGGCCAUUGAUAGAAUCGUUGGCAUGCUGCUUCGCGUGGGCGAGCUUGCCUUCGCAGCCGUCGUUGCUGGGCUUACCGGCGAAUACCUCCAUGAAACCAGAGGUCAGAGCAACUGGUCCAGAAAGCGGUUCAUCUACACCAUAAUUGUCGCGUCACUAUCGAUACUCCUCUCACUGCUGUGGCUCCUCCCAUUCUCGGGCGCCUUUAUUCACUGGCCGGUCGAUAUCGUUUUCUUCGGUCUCUGGAUUGCCGCCUUCGGUCUGCUGGUCAACUUCAUUGGCCCUCUUAACUGCGGCAACAUCUUCAACUGGGGCGAUAUCACACAGAAUGGGACUUGUCAGAAGUGGAAGGCCGACGUCGCCUUCUCUUUCCUAUCGGCCAUCUUUUGGCUCGUCAGCGCACUUGUGGGAAUGUGGUUCAUGCGCAAGCACACACCACACCAUGGUGCUGUUGCUGGUGACGGAAUCCCUGCUCGCAGACGCUGGUACAGACGUUAAGAGGCUGCCCUUCCAUCUUGAUUGCAAGAUCGUAGGUCGCUGGAGACAUAACCCGUCUGGUUUUGAAACUUUGCUGCUUCUGCGAAUACCCUCGAUCCAAUUUUCUCAAGGCGUUAAUUCUGUUUGUUUGCCAGUAUUCUGGGCUGUCUAUUGCAAUACAACGAUUGCGCUUCAAUUUAAUAAUAUAACGAGAUAUUGGGCACAGACAAGAUGUAAUGAACUUAAAUAUAUCACUUAGCCAAGGCAUCUCUGCACAUGAAGAUUGGUGGUAGUAUAUGAAAUUAAAACCCGAAC